GUCCUAUAAUUUCAAUUAGUCGCGCACCUGCAAAUUAAAUUGUAUCUUAUAAAAGGUGCGCCAGUUCAUCGGCACCAAGUCUUAACAUGAAUGAUCUGGCUUUAGGUAUUAUUGAUAGAUCGUAUACAUGUUCCAAACACGUUGCUGUUUGGAUUUCAAUACACAAACUGGGUUGACAAUAUGAAAAUAGAAAGACAGGUCUUGUGAAAUGCUUCGUCGGAGAUCUGGGGAUUUAAUUAAAAUAUUUUGAUUCAGCAAAAAUUGAAUUUUAAAUGAACAAUCGCAUAGUUGGAAUAAUUUAGUUUGUUUUUCGGCUGUUGUAUUUUAUUAUUGUUUAUUAGACAAUUCUAUGGAAUAUUGUGUGGAUAUUGAUACCGAUUAAAAUCCAUUGGAAUUACAACGUACUGAAUUCAAACGAGAAGGAAUUAACAGACAAAUCAGGGAUUAAGGGAUAAUCUGACAGACACAAACAGAUCGUUGCACACCCCGAUGGGCUAACUCCGCAGACGUCAACAUGGCUACAAGUUCCGUAGGACUUCCGCCAUGUGUGAAGCUCACCGGGGGUAAAAGGGGCGCCCCCGGACCCCUUAUUGUCACCACGAGCGACGAGGAUUCUUCUGAUGGCGAGAACUGCCAGCAGAGCCCACGAGCCCUCCUAAACCCGCGCCCGAGCCCCCGGGCAAACGUCACAGACACUUACCCGAGUUUGAAGCUCGAUCUGUCACGGACGUUGGUUUCGGAUAAGUUAACUAGUGAAAAAUUGUUUAGUAAUAAUAAUAAUAAUAAUCAUGCAAAUAGUAAUGUGAGUACCAACGAACGAACGAGUCACGGUCAGGAGACUCACCGACACGAACGAACGGAAGUUCGGUUGCAAGGCGGCGCACACACGGCUCGAGCCGCCUCUCGUUCACCGGAAGCUGGAUAUAGCGCUCAUAAGCAAGCCUGUGAUGGAUAUGAACAUGACCAUGACUAUGAAAACGUUGCUUCUCCUAGCGGAAGCAGCACGGCCAGCGGACCUGUGUAUGUUCGGCCUCCGGGAUUUACAUACCAUGCACAGGAGAUUCGGCGAAAAAAGAAAAAGUCGGGGCUGUUAGAUCGUCGGGAAGGAUUGAAAAGUCGAGCUCCAACGCCGCCUAAAGUUAAACCAAGAAGAGACCCGCUGCCUAUGCGGUUACGGGCUUUACCACAGUCCUUUUGGAAGCAGCCCAACAACCCUCCGUCCAUCUCCCCCGGGAACAUGUUCUCAUCACUUCCGCCCCUCUCAUAUAGUAGGGACGACGAUGGAAUCGAGCCGCGGCCUAUCACGCCACCGGAAGAUCGCGAGAAGAAGGCUAAGCCGACCAAGGCACCAGACAGGAAGUUGAUAGUGAACGGGGACGCAGAACUGUUCCUCAAGCACCUGUUUGCUGACGUAAUGGAGGAGGGCGGCAAGAAGGGGUCACAUGGCGGAAGUAACGCGGCGCAUCUUAAGCGGGGCAGGCCUCCGAAGAAGAUGAUGACGUUACCGGCGAAGACGAGCGUCAAAGGACUGAUUUCCGGUGAAGACCCUUACAUGAUUGACUGUUCUGUGACACAGAAACUAUUUCCCCAGCUCUCCCUGGAAUCAAGCACGCGUCAAGGUCACGGAGGAAUGUCAUCCCUACAGUUAAUAACGUUACGAGAAGGAGACAAAUCUGUGACGUUGCCGUCACUCAGUAUCGAACAAAACUAUUCACAGAUGUUAUCGGAGCUUGUUAUGAAUAUUUGAAAGCCGUGGCGUGUUUUUAUCGGUCAGGAUUUGAACGUGUGGACGAUAUGAAGUCCGUAUGUCUCUGUAGAUAAGUGCUUGGUAUUGUGUUUAAAUUUGGCGACGUCACUUUUUGGCACUGCGUCAUGUAGUCACUGGAUGGAUUACGUGACGUCACUUAUUCCCGUUUAAUGACGUCACAAUCAGUAACGUCGUGAACUGUCAAAUGGUCUACAUUUUCAUGACGAAAGGAAAGAAAUUUGUUGUUACAGUUGGAGUGAUAUCUCUCUUAUAGAAGUGAUUAAAAAUCAAAUGUCAAUCUUUAAAUCUUUUAACAUAAUGUUGUGAGUGCUAAUGUGUUUAUAUACAGUGUUUAUAUGCUGUUGUUUUGGGACUCGGUCAGAGCAUCUGAAAACAUGUUUUUAAAGUUUGGGAAAAUAGUAGAAGUGUAGCAUUAAAGGUUUGGGAACACCAGGGUAUUGUAAGAAAACUGUCAUGGGGUUUCCAUUAUUGAGUCUUAAAUGCACCAAUAAACGACAGUGUUCAAGUCAAGUUGCUCCUGAAAAAUGUUAUCAGUAAUUAUGGUUCAUGACUAGUAUGGAGAGCACUUGGUUCAUGAACACAGUCAAUGAAACAACAGGAGUAAACGUUCAUGAACAGUGUUAAAGAAUAUUUAGUUGAUGAUGGAUGCUAGAAAUGUGGUUUUAAAUACUGCAUAUCAAUCUAUUUCAUUAGAUUAAUAUGUUUGACAACGUCAGUGAUAAUGACACUGAAUAUGAUGAUUGGAGAAUGUCAUGUUAUUUCAAAGUGAACAGUGAUAAUGUAUUAUAUUGUAAUACAGUGUUGUUCAUGAAUAGCCUGUAUGACAACACUUUUGGUUAAUGAACAGAUUGAAUGACAUAUAAAUGUUCAUGAACUUUGAAAAUAAUAAUGUUAUAAGUUUGUUGUGAGCAGUCUCUGUGAUAUAUUUGUUAAUCAUAUGUUAAUUUAUAUGUUAAAAACCAUGAAUUCAUAUUAUAUAUCAUCAAUGCACACAUUCCUUGUAAAUCAUGAACCGUACUAGAAAUACCAAAAUCUUGUUUUUAGAAAAUAAUGGGUAAAAUCAUACCAUAUAACAAUAACAAAUAUGUUGUGAUUACCAUAAACUCAACAAACAAGUAUAUAAAAUAUGGAAAUCUUAAACUUUAAAGUGAUUUUUUUUAAUCUAAAAAAAAUAAACUUAUUCUCAAAAAGGCCUAGUCAUAUAACCUUCAUACAAUACAUGUUCUAAGUUGACACAAAUUCCUUCUAUUGUUUUAUAGAAUGUGCUAGUUGUUGUUGAAAUAAACAAGUUUUAACAUUUUCAUCUAAUCAUUUCAUUUACUUAAAUCUGUGAUUUAAACCAUGCCAUGUUAAACAACUGAACUACCUUUAAGAUUGUUUGAAACUUCAGAGUUUAUAACUAGUUAACUGUUAGAAGUUGAAAUUGGAGUUAAAUGAUUGGUUAAUAUUUAAAAAAAAAUGUUUUGUUAAAAGUUACAUUAAUGUUAAUUGAUACUGUUGAAGUAAAGUCUCUAUAUUGGGUACUAAUGUUACUAUUUUAUCUUUAACUCACUUAUUUAGAAGUGACUCAUUAAUUUCUUUUCAAAAACUAUUUUGUGGUUUGUACCUACUCACGAGUCUUUAUGGAAAAAAUGAAAUAUUAUCAAAAAUUGACAAAGUUUAAGUUAUAGUUCCAGGCGCGUAGCUGACUGUCAGCAAAUAUGCAGUUGAGUAAUGAAAUUUUGACAGUUCGAAGUUUUUGUCAUACCAAAAACCAGAAUUUGAAAUAAAAACCGAAGGGGGAUAGUGGGCGAGGGGGUUAGGAUUCGAUCUGUGUUAUCCCAAAUUGGCCCUAGCUAUGCGCCUGAAUUCCAAUAGGAGUAUAACAUAAACAUGCAAUCAAAGUAUGUAUGAAAUUUUUCUGAAUUUUAAUACGUAUAUUUUAUUUUAACUUUGUGACACUUUAUUUAUUCUGCUUGUUAUAUAGCUUUAUGACUUUUAUCACUUCUUUAAUGUUACCUUAAACCGUCCACCCAUGUCAGUGCUCUGCCGUCCACCCUUGUCAGUGCUCUUGUUAGUAAUUUGUAUAUGUUGAACAUUGUCUUUCCUAUUUAAUUAUAAUUUAUUUUUUGUUAUAACAUAUUUAUUUCUGUAUAGGAAACACAUAAUUCAUGUGUAUUAUGCAUUUUUUUUUUUAAUUGGUCUCAUCUUUUUUUCUUUUUCUGUUGCUGUCGGUUACCAUGGUAACAGACUUUAAAAUAUAAUAUCAAGAUCCAGCAGACUGGUCAAUAUUACAGUGGUUUUUGGUUGUCAUGGUAUCUAACAUCAUUGCUUAAGUGUCAUAGAUUUUGCUAUCAUUAUAUAUCAUUAUUUUAAACGAUUCAAAUCGAAAAGAAUGAUAAAGUUUUGAAAUGUAGCAAAGACAAAGUAAUUGGACAAUGCUCUUUUUUUAAGAGAUAUAUAUAAUAUACAUCUGAAAUCAUCUAGUGCUAAGAUUCAGUAAAUAUAACGGCCGGUAAUUUUUUUAUGAUUUUGUCAUGGUUGAUUUCUAGCAGAAAUUGUAUUUAGUACAUUUUUAUUUAAACCAGUUAAUAACGUUUCCAUUUGGUUGAAACAUCUAACAUUUAAUGUCAGCUUCAUUAGUUCACUAUCCAAAUCAAGCUUGGCUCAUAUUUAUUGAAGUCUUGAGUUUUAAGUUUGAACCUCUGACACAAGGCAUUAAUGAACAUGAAUCCAGCUCUGAUUCAAAUAAAAUUCCAAUUGAACUUAAAGCAUUUUAAAACCUCAAAAAACUUCUUGAAAAUGUAAGGACUAAAAAAUGCAACCAUAUUAUGAGCAGCUUUCCUGGAGACUUUAUAAUGCCAAGAAUAGCGUUUGCUUAAUUCUCUACAUGUUCCCAUAAUGUCUUGGUAUUGAUUUUACAUUCCUUAGUAAUAAAUAUAGAUCUGUAGGAAGAUAUCAGGAAUUUAUUGACUUAUACAGGUACAUGUACACAUGAAUAAUUAAAGAUAUCUUAGCCAUGAUGAUGUCCUUUAUUGGAGCAAGUACAGGUUCAUUUAUUGGCCAUACUUAACAAAUCAUGAUUUAUUGAAAAUGUCAAAUUUGAUAACAAUACAAUGUAAAGAAUGUACAGGAAUUUAAGAAACUAAACUACGGUAAUGGAAGCAAAGUGGUUCCAAGCUGUUUUAAAUAAACAAACAAAAAAUCCAACUGUAUUUGCUUUAACUAUACAGUAAUAAAUAAUGAAUUAGUGGACAUGAAAAUUAUUGAAAAGCAUAUUUUCCUUAUUGUUGUUAAAAAUCAAUACUUCUCUUAUUGAUAAAAAGUCAAUAUGGUAACUAUUGACAAUAAAUCAAUAUUCGUUACUAUUGAAAAAAAAGUCAAUACUUAUUGCUAUUGAUAAAAAUCCAAUAUUUUAUAUCAUCUCGUUUAAGCACAGUAUUUCAGGAAUUCAAGAAACUAAAUAAGGUAUGAAAGCAAAGAGGUUUCGGGUUAUAUUAAAUAAAAAAUGGCCCAAAAUGUUGUUGCAACCACUUUUCAACGUGUUUAUGCAUUAGAUAGCUGUCCCUGUUUCGCUUUUUCCUGGGACAAAUAUCUAAUCACUUGUAACUUAUAACAUGCAUUUGUCCAAAAAUUGUCUUUGUAAUCUUGAAGAGUGAAAGCGAAAAGGGUCUAUCUGUUUCUGUACCUAAUGACAUUUACAACCUUUUCGCUAUAACCCUUCCAUGUAAACUAUUAAUCAUUUCAAAACUUUAUCUUCCUUGUUUGAAACUUCAUGCUGUUUAUCAUCUCCCAGAAAUCCACUCAUAUUUCCAUUUAACUACGUCAUUUUCCUUGCACAAUAUUCCAUUGCACAUUACUAUGUCUAUAUAUUUUUAGACUAAAUUAUUUUUUUAUAACUUACAAGAAUCAAUAUGUUAAAAGAUUUACAUGUAUGCAUCAAGUUAGUUGUGUUCAGCCCAUCGCAUAAGCAUAAUGUUUUUGGUUAUUGCUCAGUUUAAUUUAAUAUUAACCAUACAUAAAUUUUCAUUUUGGCAUGUUUAUUUUUCAUUUCAUCAAAUCAUUCAUUCAUAGUUACUGCAUUUAUUAUAUAAAGCAGCGUGAUUUUGUUAUCAUUUUUUGGCAUUUUGAAAAUGGCACUUUUGAGUGUUGUUGUUUUUUCAAAUAAGAUAUGUAACAAAAUGGUAAUUAUGUAGACUUUUUUAGAACACUAAGCUGUUUCUAAUAGUAAAACUAGAAUUGCUAGCUACCAUUCCAUAGUCAAAGUGAACACUGUGUUGAUUUUUGUGAAUUUACACAGCUUAUGUGAAAGAUUUUUCAUCUUUGCUUUGUAUGUAAAACUGAUAUAUAAUUCUCCUUUUUGCGCUGUGCUGUUUUAGCUAAAGGGAACAAACUCUGUUAGUUUCCCUAACAGCUUUUAAAUAAAAUUUUAAAAAUU